GUUUAUAUUGUGAACUAAAAGAUUGCGAGCAAGCAGCAGCAUCAAUGGCGUCGGCGCCCACGCGUAACGAAGUGAUCUCGCUCUUCCGUUCCUUCUUACGGACGGCGCGUGGAUUCACGGACUACAACGUAAGGGAGUACGCCAAGCGCCGCGCGGUCGACGCCUUUCGCCGCAACGGCGGCCUCUCCGACCCGGCGGAUGCAGCCGCUGCCUUCGCCGACGGCAAAUCGCAGCUCGUCGUCGCCAAACGCCAGUCCGUCGUCUACUCGCUCUACUCUCCCGGCUAUAAGAACGUCAUGGAAAUCGAGCGCUCGUAAUAUCAUUCAGGCUCACCUCUUUUCUCUCCAUUUAGGAAUCAAUAAAGACAUAUAAUAACGGGGGAGCGCAAUGGAUAAAAGGGAUUGUUGUAUAGCAUCCGAUACUCUAUAUGUAGUUCGAAAACAAUAAAUAGGUUCUUCCACACACAUACAUAAUACAUAAUGUUUAGGAGGAAAUGAAUAAUUUGAAGCUUUUUAUAUACAUGUUAUAAUUGAUCCUCUA